CAGUCUGUUACCUUCCUGCUUUCUGUAAACAUGUGACUGGCUGUUACUGAUGUCAUGGAAUCCUCAGUAUCGGAGUUCAAAAUUCCGCCAUGUUUACGGCAAGGCCGCCAGUAAGGAGAACUGCUAUGACAACGUGCCCAUCACCCAGAGUGUCUAUGACAACCAGUUUUGUGCUGUCAAUCCUCAUUUUAUUGCUGUGGUGACAGAAUGUGCAGGUGGAGGAGCCUUUCUUGUUAUACCAAUCAGUCAAACAGGAAAACUUGACCCGCAUUACCCUCGCAUCUGUGGGCAUAAAGGAAAUGUAUUAGACAUCAAAUGGAACCCUUUUAAUGACUUUGUAAUAGCAUCGUGUUCCGAAGAUGCCACAGUUAAGGUCUGGAAUAUUCCCCAGCACUUGCUAACGAAAAGCAUCACAGAUGCCCAGAAGGAGCUUCUUGGUCACUCCAGAAGGGUGGGGCUUAUCGAAUGGCACCCAACUGCAAGUAACAUCCUCUUCAGCACUGGUUACGAUUACAAAAUCAUGAUCUGGAACCUUGAUACCAAAGAAUGUACAAUUGAGAUGCCGAUAAAGACAAUCGGUUUCCAUACAGAUGUCAUCCUCUCCAUGUCAUUCAACACGGAUGGCAGCCUCUUAGCCACAGUCUGCAGGGACAGGAAAAUAAGGAUCAUUGACCCGCGAGCAGGAACUGUCUUUCAGGAAGCAAGCAGCAAGUCUCACCGAAUGAACAAAGUUGUGUUUCUAGGAAACCUGAAAAUGCUGCUCACCACAGGGACAUCCAGGUGGAAUAAUAGGCAGAUUGCCCUUUGGAAUCAGGAUGAUCUUUCUGUGCCUUUACUUGAGGAGGAUGUGGAUGGGUCUUCAGGCCUCUUGUUUCCUUUCUAUGAUACCGACACACACAUGUUAUAUGUGAUAAGCAGGGGAGAUGGGAACAUCAGGUACUAUGAAAUAAGUUUGGAGAAACCAUACCUAAAUUACCUGAUGGAAUAUCGUUCCCCUUUGCCCCAGAAAGGAAUUGGUGUCAUGCCCAAGAGAGGCCUGGAUGUCUGUGCCUGCGAGAUCUUCCGAUUUUAUAAAUUGGUUCCAGUCAAAAGUCUGAUUGAACCCGUUUCUAUGAUUGUGCCCCGCCGGUCUGAAUCGUACCAGGAAGACAUCUAUCCAAUGACAGCUGGGGUCCAACCAGCACUGACAGCACAAGAGUGGCUGAGUGGCACUAAUAAAGGUCCUGUCUUGAUGUCUCUGAGACCAGGUUCUAUGAUCUUGAAUUCUCUACCACCAUUUCUUGAACAAGAGAUCUCCAUGGAAGCAACUAAGCCUAUCCAGUGCUGGGACAGAGUGGCUGGUAUCACAGAAAAGUCGAGCAAAAUCCAAGAGAAAUGGGGGGCCAGGAAGACUGAGGAAAGACGACAGGAAAGCAGACUAAUGAAGUUAUCUAAUGGCAUUGAUAUGUAUGAAUGUCCUCCACCUAAAACAGAAAAUGAGCUGCUACAGAUGUUUUACCGACAGCAGGAAGAAAUUCGGCGACUCCGUGAAGUGCUGAUCCAGCGGGAUGUUCAGAUCAAACAGCUAGAGCUUGAGAUCAAAAACCUUCAUGCGGAUUCUCGCCAGUUUUGACAGGAUAUCAUUUGGCAGUCUUUGAAUUUCAGAACAGAUGUUGCCUGAAAUUACUAUAUUUUGGAGAUUAUAGAUUAGAAGAAGGAGAACUUCGGAUUUAUUGGCAAUUUAUUGCCUACCUUGAGUGCCCAUAUCCUGCAAGCUGGAAGUUGCUGGGUUUUUUUGUGGUGCUCUAUUUAUUGGACUUGUUCUUUGCAGGAAACUCUGUAUUUCUAAGUGGUCUCAUAAUAACUCAGUUGGCGGUGUCUCAAAGUGAAGGCAGAACCUGUCUGGGUAUGCUGAACAUCCUGCAGUCCCCAGUAGACAACUGAACUUGGAAGAAGGGUGCUUGGACUUUUUCAGGCUGCUUAGCAUUCAACUCUUUCAACAUGGAGGUGAACCAAAUAGGAGUGGUUCAGGAUUCUUUCUUUUUGUUCUGCAUUCUUGGAUGGAUCAGGAUGAUUUUGCACUGAGCUAGUUUGAUCUCCUAUAACCAAGGGGAGUUUAUGUGGGAAUAUAAAUCAUAACCUUUUCUUAGCUUUAUGAGUCGUCUUCUAAAAUUACGUUUAUGCCUAAGAGGUAAGGACCAAAGAAAUGGGUGUCAUUAAUUUUAAAAGGAAGUAGAAAUAGUUGCUUCUGAGAGAGCCAAGCUUUGGAAAUGAAUGCUCUUUAUUGAGAUGGAGAAAAUAAGACCAAUGCUGCUGAAGUGAAGCAUAUCAGAACCAGAGUGGGAGGGUUCUGUAGGCCAACUCAAUAUGUCUUCCAUCUUUACCCAUAAUCUCUGAGGAUCCACUUCAUGCCUUAAAUCAACUGGGAGUUUCAUUACUAAUUCUCUUAAGAUGGCUUCCUUCCAAUUGCCUGAAGCUAAACUUUCUACUGACCAAUUCUUUCCUCCUUUAUUGUUCUGAAUAUAUACCAGAGUCCAUAGGUAUAUGCAGUCCAGUGCCCAGAAGUGUCAAGAUGCUGACUUUUACUUAAUUCUAAUAAUCUCCUAUCAUCCCAUUUAUCAGUUUAAGAAUCUAAUUUUCCACAACUGUAAAAUCACAAUCCUUUUUUUGUCAAACUUUCCAUUUUCUUUCUGCUUUGAUGCUCAUGACUAAUACUUUACCUUAUGUUUCAUUUUAUGUUUCUUUGCUGAUUUCUACGAUAGACUAUGCAAAGCACUGCCACCAACACUUGCUUGAGAGCAGGAUCAGCCACUCCAAAGAUUAUGAAGCCCAAGAUGGGGAGGUGGGAGGUGCCUUUUGCUAACAUACAUUUUAGAAGUUUCUCUCUAAUCAUGAAUGCUGAAAAUGUUAACGAACAAAAUGGUUGAAAAAGUUGAAAAAAAAAACCCACCUAAAGCAGCACCAGUCAUAAUAAAAUUGUAAACUGCAACUGCCGUUAGAGUUUGGGCUAAGAUAUUUGUGCAGGAUUUAAGAGCAAAAAAUAGAAAUUGAGAAUUAGCACCAGAAGAUUGAGUUGCAAUUAAACUGAGGAUUAUAGUAUAAACAUUUAAUACAGAAAUACCACUGUCCAGCCACCCACUGUACUGCUUCUGAUGCCAGUGUUUUUAUGGCUUAGCCUAUACUUGCAUUCUUUUGUCUUGAACUAGAUUGUUCCCUUUUACCCUCAUUUUCCUUCAAGACCAAAGUUAAAUCACCUCCCCUAAUCCAUCUUUAAACUGCAACAUUCCCUAGUGGAUUGAUAAAACUGUGCAAGCAUGCCUUUCCCAUAUUUUUUCUAUGCUAUUUCCCCUCACUUCCCCCACUGCUUUUUAGAGCAAGGACCCAUCUCCUAGCCAAUAUGUACAUAUAGCAGAAGCAAAUGAUGCAUUUCUUUUCUGGAUUGUACUAUUCAGACUUCAUGUGGGUGGGAUAGGGGUGACUCAUGUUUUUCAAUUCUUCCCUCAGUACGAAAAAGACCUCCCUGUAUACAGCUAUGUUCUGGUCCAGCAUUUUCUUUGGCCUGUUGACAGUGAAACCUCAAUUUAACAGACUUCUGUUUAAUGGAUUUUGGAUGCAACAGACCAAAUUUGUGUUUGAACUUGAAAGAAUGGACAAGCCCAUUGUUUCUGUAGUCUGUUGGGACAACUGAUGUAGAGACAUAAAUAUUUUACAUCAUUUGAAUAAUGAGAUCAUUACACAAAUGACAUAAAUUAUGUCAGUUGGAUUUAAUGGACAUUUGGGUUUAAUGAACACCCCAGUCAAGAUUUUGGGUUGAAAUUAAUAUGUACAUGGGCAGAAGAUUCAGAGCUAUAGCUCCCUGAGGUUUCACAUGCUACAAUCCAGUGUUAUAGUUAGUGUUGCUUAAAUAUGCUUUUAAAGAAGUAUUCAUAAUGAUACAAACCACAUAAUGGAAUUCUAUAUUUACCAAGUUUUAUGCAUAUAAAAUGGAUUGGCUUCUUAAUAGUCAGAGUAUUUGAUAUUAAGUGCUCAUGGGAUUUUAAUUAGCACCCUUAAAAACAUUUACAUAGGUUACAGUUGUGAUCAAGAUAUUAAAGUAAUGCCAGUUAUCUAGGAGAUAGGCUAGAUAAAUCAUAACAUUUCUGGAAUGUGGCCAGCCGGUAUACGCAACUCAGGGCAUAAUUGUAGAGAGUCAGGGAGAUGACCUUGAGGAAAAUAGGCAAGAACCAUUACCUAAGCAAAGAGGGCUAAAACAUUAAGUCCUGGGAAGCAAGAUAGUAUUCAGAAGAGACUCGGGCAGAUUCCUCCCCAAUGUAUAAAGACAUAAGAGGGAGGGGAAGUAAAACACAAUCAGACUUGCAAGAUUCUGCUACUAGAGCUUAUCACAAAAAAGUAUAGCUGUAAUCUUUCUGUGGAGUCAGUUUCCAGAUUUGGGUUACCUUGUAGGGCUGACAAUAGUAGAAUUACUAUUUUCUAUAGCUAAUCUGGGAUAUCUGAUAAGUGUGGUAAUCCCCACAUUUUAUAUCCUUUUUGGAAAAAGGGACUGCGUAUAGACUUUGUUGUCCCCACCUAAACAACCAAUUGGUAUGAGUCCAUCUUUUGUUUUUAACACUUUAUGAACUGAUAGGGAGAAGCUUGGUAAACUACAGAUGCAACAUUUUGUUGCAUAGGUAGAAAUGCUGCCAAUUAGGGAAGCAAAAGGGUAAAAUCCAUUCUUGGAUUAAGGAGGAUGAUACCUUGCAAUUUGGGAAUUUGUCUCUUUUAUCUUGUUUACAGGCAAAUAAAUUAUAUGAAGUAUUUGUCAGCUUAAGAUAAAAGGAAAAGGGGUUAAAUUGCAUUCCUAAAAUGUACUGUUUGAUUUUUUUGCAUAUUUUAUGUAUUGCUUUGAUCAGCAAUGUUAGUCAUUUAUCAAAGGGGUUUAUAAAUCCCAGAUCUACUUGAAAAAUGUAUAUAUGUACUACUUUUUGUUCUGUUUACCAACAAACUUCUAUAAAACAAAUCAGCACUUGAAAGUUA